UCCAUCCCCAUCCCCCCUUCUCACUCCACUCUCGCCCACUGCUUGCCCUCGGCCUCGGCUCGCGUCGCCGGCGUCCGAGCUUCCCCGCUUCUCUCUCCUCGUCCUCGUCGGACGAGGUGCCGGGGCUUCACGACCGAUCGAUCCCGCUAGGGUUCACAUCCACCACGCGGAGAGAAAAAAACCACCUUGGUUAAUCCAUUCUCUUCCAGGUUUUUGAUCCACGACGCGGUCAAGAGGAAUUUGACUCACUGUUUACCGUCAGUGUGUUGUGUUCCACGCCACCGACGCUGCCACUGCCCAACAAAAUCCAGAUCCCGAUAGAAUCGACUGGGCGAGCUCUGAGCUAUCACGGCCAUGGAGGCGGCUUUGGUGAGCGCGGCGACGGGGGUCCUCAAACCUGUCCUGGGGAAGCUGGCCGCUCUGCUCGGCGACGAGUACAAACGUUUCAAGGGAGUGCGCAAGGAGAUCAAGUUCCUCAUGGAUGAACUUGACGCCAUGCACGCCUUUCUCCUCAAAAUGUCAGAGGACGAGGACCCUGAUUUGCAAGAUAAAGUUUGGGCGGCGGCGGUGAGGGAGCUCUCCUACGACAUGGAGGACACCAUCGAUGACUUCAUGCAAAACGUCGAUGACAAAGACGCCAAACCAGAUGGCUUCAUUGAGAAGAUCAAGCACUCGUUGGGGAAGUUGGGGAAGAUGAAGACUCGCCAUCGGAUUGGCAGCGAGAUCCAAGAUAUGAAGAAGCUAGUCAUUGAGGUGGCCGAUAGGAAUGCAAGGUAUAGGACUGGUGUGACUAUCUCCAACUCCAAGAAUUCAGCCGUUGACCCUCGAGCUCUUGCUAUGUUUGAGCAUGCCUCGAAGCUUGAGGGAAUUGAUGAACCCAAGGCUGAGAUAAUCAAACUGUUGACUGAAGGUGUGUCAACAAAUGAGCAACCCAAGCUGGUCUCCAUCGUUGGAUCUGGAGGAAUGGGCAAGACAACUCUUGCAAACCAAGUGUAUCAAGACCUCAAAGAGAAAUUCGAGUGCAAGGCUUUCAUAUCUGUGCCGCGAAAUCCAGACAUAAUGAAUAUCUUGAGAACCAUUCUCGCUGAAGUUAGCCAAGGUUGUACUAACACUGAAGCACGGAGCAUACAACAACUGCUAAGCAAGAUUAAUGAUUGCCUAGCAAAUAAAAGGUAUUUCGUUGUCGUUGAUGAUAUAUGGGAUGAGGAUGCGUGGAAUGUUAUUAAGUUUGCAUUCCCAAUGAGUAGCUUUGGAAGUAUCAUAAUCACCACUACUCGUAUAAAUGAUGUUGCCAAAUCAUGUUGUUCAUCAUUCAAUGGUGCCAUUUAUAGUAUCAGACCUCUUAAUCCGGUGCAUUCAAAAGAACUAUUUCACCGAAGACUAUUCGACUCCAAAGAACAGUUCCCUUCACACCUAGAAAAGGUUUCUGAUGAAAUUUUGAAAAAAUGUGAUGGCUUACCUCUGGUAAUCAUUGCUAUAUCUGGUCUGUUGGCUAACAAAGAGAGAAUAGAGGAUCUAUGGAAUCAGGUGAAAGAUUCAAUUGGCCAUGCACUGGAAAGAAAUCCUACUGUGAAAGGAAUGAUGAAGAUAUUGUCACUGAGCUACUUUGACCUACCUCCUCAUCUAAAAAGUUGCCUCUUGUAUAUGAGCAUAUUUUUGGAAGAUUCUAUUAUCGAGAGGCGGUGUCUGAUAGGGAGAUGGCUUGGUGAAGGAUUCAUUCACAAAGAAGACAGAUAUACAGCAUAUGAUGUAGGGAAAAGGUGUUCUAAUGACCUCCUCAAUAGGGGUUUGAUCCAACCCGCGGAGACAAAUGAUUAUGGCGAGGUUAAGAGUUGUCGAGUUCAUGACACGAUUCUUGAUUUCAUCAUAUCCAAGUCCAUGGAAGAGAACUUUGUUACUUUACUUGGUCCUCCCAAUUUGAAAAUUGAGACACAAAGCAAAGUUGUUCGUCGACUCUGUGUACAAGGUGUCAACAAAAGUAAUUCAACAAUACUGACAGCAGAACUCGUGUUGUCUCAUGUCCGAGCACUUAAUGUGUUUAGAAGUUUUGGGCUAAUUCCUUCUUUGGAGGAGUUUAGACAUCUUUGUGUUCUUGACUUGAAGGAUUUCUACAGAUUGAGAGAAGAUCAUCUUGAAAAUAUAGUGAGGUUGUUCCAGCUGAGGUACCUGAACCUCCAAGGUACAAGAAUAAGCAAGCUCCCAGAACAAAUUGGGCGUUUAGGGUGCUUAGAGGUGCUGGACCUAAGAGGGACUUAUCUAAAGGAAUUACCUGCAUCUACUGUUAAUCUCAGAAAAUUGAUGCAUCUACUUGUUAAUCAUGAUGUUAAAUUUCCUGAUGGGAUUGCAAAGAUGCAAGCACUAGAGACGUUGGAAGAUGUGGAUGCUUCCAUUCAGCCAUUUGACUUCCUGUGUGGCCUUGGCCAAUUAAAGAAUUUGAGGAAUCUGCAGCUUGGUUCUUAUACAAAUAUGGUUGGGGAGGAGCACAAGAAAGCUAUUGUCUCCUCCCUGUGUAAGCUAGGCACCAAGAAUCUCCGCUCCCUGAUUAUUAGGAAUGAUUGGGGCGACCUCUUACAUGUGGAAUCUUUGUGCUUGCCUACCCUCGAGGAUCUUUUCAUCUGUUAUACGGCCUUCCCACAGGUUCCGACAUGGGUGGGCUCCCUCAGAAACCUCCAACGGCUACGCCUUGCUGUGGAGGGGCUCAAGCAGGACGACCUCUGCACCCUUGGGGCUUUACCCACUCUGCUCGUUCUGUAUCUGGAUGGACCUACAGAAUCAAACGCAAAGCUCAGAUUCAGUGGUGAAGUUGGGUUCCGACUCUUGAAGAUUUUUAUUUAUGGCGGAUGUCUUGAACCAGUAGAUCUGCUGUUUGGGACAGGAUCCAUGCCAAAGCUUGAAAGACUCGAGCUUAAAUAUAUUCAGAUAGUUGAAGCUAACUCUUUGGGCUUUGGAAUUGAGAACCUCCCUUGCCUCACUAGUGUCAAAUGCAUUGUUGUUGAGGGUGAUGAUGGCAUUGUUGAAGCCGUGAAGACUGCCAUGGAGAGAGGAGCCAGCACACAUCCCAACCACCCUAGCCUACUCUUUGAGAGAUUACGCUGAUACUUCGAAUUAACAAGCCAACAACAGGGGAGUUGCUUCUGCUCGUUGUUCGGCUGGCCAGCCGGUUCUGAAGUUUAAUAGUGUUUGGCUCGAUUUAUCUCUCUUUUAUGAUACCUAUUCUCUCUGUCGGAUAAUGUACUAUGGAUAAUGAUACAAAAUUGUAGAAUUGGUUAAGACUGCUACUGUACUGCAUUUUCUAUAAUAAUCAGUCACCCGUACAUGUUGAUGGUUUAA